UUCGUCACAAAACUUAUUGCUACUGUCUUCUUAUACUGCAGUAAGUGAGCAUUGUUGCACUAAAAAGUGACUAGGAAAUAGAAGAAUGGCUUGGUUGAAGCCUCUAGUCCUUGCUGUUCUUGUUGUUGCUUCCUUUGCUUUGGUUGCAGAGAGCCGGGUCUCUAGGAUGGACCUUGGCGUGGGUCUGGGUGGUGGGGUUGGUGCUGGCACUGGAGUUGAUGUUGGCACAGGAGGUGUUAGUGUCUCUGGCUCUGGAUCUGGCUCGGGUUCGGAAUCUCGGUCUGCCGGCUCCAGCUCCGACUCGGAUUCGUUUUCUGCUUCUCGGUCUGGGUCUAUCUCUGUCCCACUUCUGGGACCUGGAGGUAGUUCAUCUGCGGGUUCGGGUGCCGGUUCCUCUGCAGGGUCUGGUGCUGGUUCCGGUUCGAGCUCUGGACAUGGUGAAGGCUACGGUGAGGGCCACGGAUAUGGGUCUGGCGGUGGAAAUGGCAAUUAAGAGAAUAAUAUUGUAUGUCAGAUGGUUUGCACCACCUUAGUGUAAUGAUAAAUAAGGAGAUGGUGAAUAAGAAUGCGUGCUUUGAGCUAUAAUCUACCUUUCUUACAUAUUUCCUGUGGCUAAGAAUAAAGUAUGUAAUUCAUGGAGGCAGCCCUUUUGACUUGCA